AUGUUGGCGAGGCGGCGCGUAACGAGCUACCUCGGCGAGUCCAUGGGCUCCAUCCUCGUCGUUCGUCGAGAGGUGAUGCACCAGCGGCGAGAGCUGGAAGAACUGGAGGAGGAGAACCGGCGCAUUCGCGAGGAGCAAGCGGCGAUCCGCGAGAAGUACGAGGAUCUCAUGGACGAGGCUGAGCGUGAGGAGCUCGAGGAAUGGGCUCGAAGUGAGGAAGGAACGUCAAAAAGUGGGCAGCGGCCUCUGCCGUGCGACCGCACGGCCCUGGGGCGUGGCACUUGCUUUGAUACAGGUUGA